AUUGCACGAAAAAAACAAACAACAUAAUGCAAAGCGUUAAACUACAUUCACACAUAGACACUCUACGUUCUACUUAGCCAUCCUUUACGCUUUUUCUAUUUUUCAAAUUCAGUAGAAGGCAGUUUCUGUUUUCAAAUUCAAACACUCAGUCACACUUUCUAGUUCUACCACUACAUGCCACAGAAAAACAACAACAGGUCGGGCUUUCGCGCCUCAGCAAGUAAAAAUAUCACAGUUCAUAUCAUGCUUGAGUAAAAAUGACGACCACUUCUAUUGGUACUAGCAUCAAGAGGAGGACAACUUCUUUGUCACCAGAUCGCGAAAUUAUUUACACGACCUGCAAACGACAGAAAAUGAGCGACCCUGUGGAUCUACUGGCGAGCCUGAAGUACGAAAACGACGACGGCGUUUUCCAAUACGAGAGCCAUGAGGCGCUUCCGGACACGAGGAGAAACCUGUACGCACGCCUGAAGCCCGACCCAUUUGCCGGUGGCGACCCGAUCUACUCCGUCACUGCUAAAGGCGAAGACGGGACCAUCCGCGAAUUCUUCGUCCUCUGCAGACCGGGCGCGGGGGCAGAUCCGGAAAUUCUCACCCACGAGUGCGGCAUCACCGCCAUGGACGUGUGUCCCAGCGAACUGGUCGAGUACCAGUUUGAAAAGCCGUGCGACGAGUGGAACGUGUCUGUGAGCUCGAAAGACGGGAUCGACAUGUACCUGCAGAGCAAGUUUGGCGCGUGGCACAAGCAGCUGCACAACCCCACCUGUGAGGCGGAAUUCCGGCGCAUGCUGCAGAACGGGCUGGUGACCACGAUGUACGACCGGAUGCUGUUCAAAACCCCGGACGCACUGAAGGAAAAGUACGAGGUGGUGGACGAGCGGAACGGCAAGACCUUGCACCUGCCCCACCCCGUGGCCGCGCUCCGCAUCUGGGACCCCGCAGCCAAGACCUACACGCCAAUAGACCCACGACUCCCGGGCGCGCCGCCAGCGGGGGAAGAAGAAAAGUACUGGACGGAGCUGCUGGACGCGUUUCGAAAAGAGCGCGGUGAGGAAUACAUCAACUCGAUGUUCACUUCUUAA